AUGUCGCCCACUCCCCUCCGCCCCGGCGUGUACGCGCCCACCAUGACCUUCUUCGACGCCAACGAGGAGCUCGACACCGCGGCUAUCCGCCGCCACGCCGUGCGCCUGGCCAAAGCCGGCCUGGUCGGCCUGGUGACGAUGGGCUCCAACGGUGAAGCCGUGCAUCUGACGCGCCAGGAGCGCAUGACUGUGACGCGCGAGACCCGCUCCGCCCUCGACGAGGCUGGGUUCAGCAACGUCCCCGUCAUUGCCGGCGCCAGCGAGCAGAGCAUCCGCGGCACCAUCGAGCUGUGCAAGGAGGUCGCCCAAGCGGGCGGCGAGUAUGCGCUUAUCGUUCCUCCCAGCUACUACCGCGCUGCCAUGGGCAACGACGAGACGCUCUAUGAGUUCUUCACGGCUGUGGCGGAUGGCUCGCCAGUGCCCCUCAUCCUGUACAACUACCCGGGCGCCGUGGCCGGCAUCGACAUGGACUCCGAUCUCAUCAUUCGCAUCUCCGCUCACCCCAACAUCGUCGGCACCAAGUUCACCUGCGCCAACACCGGCAAGCUGACCCGUGUCGCGCGCGCUCUUGGCGCCGUCACCCCGGCCUCGCCGCUGGCUCCAGCCCAGAAGCCCGCGCCGACGGUGGCCAAGCCCGACGCAAAGCACCCCUACGUCGCUUUUGGCGGUAUCGCCGACUUCAGUCUGCAGACUCUUGUCUCUGGGGGCUCUGCUAUCCUGGCCGGUGGCGCGAACGUCAUCCCGCGUCUGUGCGUGCGUAUCUUCAGCCUUUGGAGCGAAGGCAAGCUCGCCGAGGCCAUGGAGGCUCAGCAGCAGCUCAGCGCUGCUGACUGGGUUCUCACCAAGGCUGCUAUCCCUGGCACCAAGUCCGCUAUCCAGUCCUACUACGGCUACGGUGGGUUCCCGCGGCGGCCACUGGGUCGCCUCAGCGAGGCUCAGGCCCAGGCCGUGGCGGAUCAGAUCAAGGAUGCGAUGGAGGUUGAGCGCUCCCUGCCAGACAUUGCAUGA